CUUGCGCUUCCCAUGCCAGGCUGAGUUGCCGCCGACAGCCUUGGGAUUUAAAGGGCCCGCUGCCUGCCCGAAGUUGGUUUGAAGGCAGGAGGUGGUUGGCUGUGGACGGCACUUGGUCAUGGGACCUGUGCGAUUGGGAACGUUGCUUUUCAUUUUGACUGUGUCUGGGACGCCGAAGGAGGAGGACGAUGACACAGAACGCUUGCCCAGCAAAUGCGAAGUAUGUAAACUGCUGAGCCUGGAGCUACAGGAAGAGCUGAGUCGCACUGGCCGAUCUCGAGAGGUGCUGGAGCUGGGGCAGGUGCUGGACACAGGCAAGAGGAAGAGACACAUCCCUUACAGUGUUUCAGAGACAAGGCUGGAAGAGGCCUUGGAGAAUUUAUGUGAGCGGAUCCUGGACUACAGUGUUCAUGCCGAGCGCAAGGGCUCACUGAGAUAUGCCAAGGGGCAGAGUCAGACCAUGGCAACGCUGAAAGGCCUGGUGCAGAAGGGGGUGAAGGUGGAUCUGGGGAUCCCUUUGGAGCUGUGGGAUGAGCCCAGCGUGGAGGUCACGUUCCUCAAGAAGCAGUGUGAGACGAUGCUGGAGGAGUUUGAAGACGUCGUGGGAGACUGGUAUUUCCACCAUCAGGAGCAGCCCCUACAGCAUUUUCUCUGUGCAGGUCAUGUGCUCCGAGCUACUGAAACUGCAUGUCUACAGGAAACUUGGACUGGAAAGGAGAAGAUCACAGAUGGGCAAGAGAAGACACAAGAGGAGGAGGGGCAAGAUCAGGAGGAGGAGGAGGUGACUAACACACCAGGCCACCCCAAGCACGACCCAGAGGAACUCUGACCUUUGCCUUUGAGCCCCCAGGAGGGACAGGGGUCUUGGAGAAGAACCCUCUGAAGUCUGAGCGCUCCCUGCCCCACAGCUUUCAUAGUGUGUGUAUGUGUGAGUGAUCCCACCCUAGAGCUUGUAGCUCUUCUCUCCCUUGUAGUCUCAGGCAGGAUCCUGGUGGUGCAGCAUGGCAUGGCUAUGGGGAGAAAGGUGGGAGCAGUAGGUGGAAGCCCGGCGCCGACAGAUGAGUCCUCUACCUGCCAUUUAUCCCCUUGUCAGGUGUGUGUGGUGACAGUAUUGAGAUAUUUAAAUAUGUCCACUACUCCCCACCGGACCCAGAGGUCAACAUGGCUUAGAAGCAGUGGACCUUGGCAGUCACUUUGCCCCUCGAGGGUCUGUUUUUAGACUCUUAUAACAAAGAAGCAGAACGGACAUUCUCUACGACCUAUACACGCUGCCGGCGUCUAGGAGGCUACAUGCCAACAGUCUGUGAACGGGAAGGGGACACUGGAUGGGGAAGGGGUAAUACUGAUAAGUUAGGUGGGGUGGACACUUGCUCUACUUCAUAUUAAUUUCACUGCGGGCCCACCACGUAAUAUCAAAGGUGCCAAAUUUUCUAUAACGCUAGUAAACUUUUUUUAAAAUAUCA